ACAGGGGAGCCGGUCCAGCCUGCUGGGACUCACCGGGAUCAUGGAUCCGCGUUUGACAUCAAAACCAACCAUGACAGUAAAAUGUUUUAUUAUCAGCAUUCACCUGUGCGCGUGCAUGUGAGGAUGGUUAGAUUUUUUCUUUUUUCCCCCUCUCAUGCAGACUGACUGAUAACCGGAUGGGUUAAAGUUUGGAUAAUGGAUGCUGGGCUGUGCGCUGCGGAUCCGGAGCCAGAUGAUGCUUGAUUACUCUGAGUUUAUUUUCCCUGUUGUUGGCUCUCUGAUGGGAGACGUGCUGUGCUGUGCUGCACCGAGCUGAUCCGAUCAACUCAGGCUGAGCGACGGUAUGCAGAUACAAGUGAAAUCAGACUGAAUCUGCCUGUGUGCGCGCCCUGCCCUGCUCCAUCACAGCCUCUGCAGCUGCUGCUACUGUCGGAAUGCAGGUGGACUCUGGUCCGACUAUGCUAAUUACUGUUAGAUAGGUUUACACCGAUUAUUUUCGUUUUGACUGCUAGAAUCAGCAAAGUAUGUGUGAUUUUGGAUCUGUCUUUAUAUACAGUGACUGCCUCCUCCUGCUCUUUGAAAGUGAGCAUCUCUGAUUUUUAUUUGUCUGUCAGGGCAAAAAAAACCAACACAUUAGUCUUGAAUGAACAUUCAGAUGUGUUGUUUCCAGAUGCCAAGCUUCUCCUGAGGUCAGACCCUCUCUGUAGGCCUGCUCCAGCCACCGAGCAGCUAUGGACCCCCUCCCAGAGUACUCCCUGUUCCUGGCGCGGAUCCUGGAGGAGCUGGACACCAAGCACAACACCAUGUCCUACCAGGACCUGUGCAAGUCCCUGUGCGCUCGCUUCGACCUGGUGCACCUGGCCAAGCUCCGCAGCUUGCUCUUCUACACGGCCUGCCUGGACCCCGCCUUCCCGGCAACCCUCUUCAAAGAGAAGAUGCGCUGCUCCAUGGAGGACCCGCAGUCCAAGAAGCUCAUAGUGGCGGCAGACAUCGUCACCAUGUUCAACUUAAUCCAGAUGAAUGGAGGCAUAGCCAAAGACAAGCUCCCCAUAGUGCACAGAGGCAAGUUCCACAAGAACCAGUCACUGGAACUGUGCAGGUCUGACAAUGAUGCCUAUAAGUUUCAGGACUGUGACAUGGGUGUUGGUUAUGAGCACAUGGAUCACCCCAGGGAUGGGCACCAUCACCACCACCACCAUCACCACCGCACCCAGCAGCACCCUGCGGCUCAGAGCACUCCACCCGUUCCUAAAUCAUCAGAGUGCAACAACUGCCAGCAGUUUAUUCCCACCUCAGACCCCAACUUCCUUCUGGGUGUCAGCAAAGACCUGAAAUGUAGGACAGCCUCACUGGACAAACUGCAUCAUCUGCCCCAGUACUCCAGCGGCAGCCCGCCCUCUCCACCUUGCGAAAUGCAGAGUACCUACUUUCCCAUGGACAUCGACAGCGAGUCCACCACCGACCAGGAGUCCCUGCGGCACAUCGGCCAUACAGAGCCCUUCACUGUUCACCCCUGCAUGCAGAAGAGGAACAUCUUCAAGGAGGACUUCCACAACUUCGUCGCCUUCUCACCACAGGUCAUCACCACUGAGUGCAAACAGGGCAGCAAAGCAGCUGAUGCCUACCACAGGAGGGAACUGCACAAGCCAGCCACCUUCUUCAACCACAGCUUUGAACUGCCCUACAGCAACCCCUACUUUGAGCCGCCACUCAACUCCCCUCUUCAGGAUAGACGGAGGGUGAAGCACGAGAGCCUAGACGACUUACAGGCGUCCACGUACUUUGGCCCGACCACGGUGUCCGAGUGCGUCAGCAGCAGGAAGCACAGUCACAAAACAGGAAAGCAGCCGUCAUGGCCAGUGAAGAGCCUCAGUCUCAACACAGAGGAGGGGCCUCCAGACUUUGAGAGGUCAUUUCUGAACAGCAAACCGCUCAAAGAAAACCACCACCGCAAUAUCAGCAUCAUCAGCACUGACAACGAGCAGCAUUUUCAGAGCCCAAAGGAAAAGGUAGUAGCUUCUCCAUCAGGCUUUGCAAAAAAAGCAAACGGAAUAAAAACCAAGGAUGUAGCACUGAUGGCAAGUGGGCCUGUGGGUUUGGACAAAAGAGAAGUAGCCAAAAGGUUUAGGGACAAAAAUAUGAACAGUCCAUCAUUUCAGGGAGUUGACAGCUCUUCUAGUGUUGGGACGCAAACAGAGCAGGCUGAGCAGAAGAAGGCGAAGGAAUACCUAGCUAAGUACAGCGACAGAGAACGACACACCUUCAAACACUCUGAUGAGGACUCUGAGAUCAUUAGUGAUGACAUAAGUGACAUUUUUCGUUUUCUGGAUGAUAUGAGUGUUUGCGAUUCUCUGGGCGUUGUCCAGCCAUCAUGCUACAACAGCAAUGGGUCUCUCUCUCAGGUAACGCUAAAGUCUGAAGGAGACAGCUCCCCUGAGCGAAACACAGUCAAACUGGCCAAGUCCAAGCUGGACCGCCUCUUCCAUUCGCUGGAAAACACAGACGAUGAGCUCAAAUCAAGCGUCUGCAAGCUGGUGAUGAGGAUUGGUGAGAUCGAGAAGAAGUUAGAGUCUCUGUCAGGGGUUCGGAGUGAGAUCUCCCAGGUGCUCUCCAAACUCAACAAGCUGGAUGAGAAGAUCCAGGAGCCUGACGUCAAUGGGAGACACGGGGAGACGGCGUCUGCGUCCGGAUCCAAUGCCACCCCGGACAAGCCACAACCCCACCCUCAUCCCGACACCACCCUCUCGCCUCGUGUUUUCCAGUGCCACACCACCGGCCACAAUGUCAAAAUGGACAAUGGCUCCUCUGGGGAGUGGUGCUGCUCAGAUGGGAGUAACAGCGAUAGCCUCAGGGUAAAAGCUCUGAAGAAGAGCAUGUUCACCAGGAGGUCGUCCCGCUCACUUAACGAGGAGAACAGCGCCACUGAGUCAAAGGUCUCCAGCAUCACAAACUCUCCGCGGGACUGGAGGACAGUGUCCUACUCUUGCCACCCGGGAGACGAGGGCAAAGACAAGGACAGAGACAGCAAGGACAGACACCGGAAAGCCAAAGAGGCAGAGCGGGAGCGCCAAUACGAGCUCCCCCAGGCCCACCGCCCCCCAAAACCGCCGAAGGAGUCCUACCUGAUCGAACAGGUUUUCUCACCACACCCCUUCACCCCCUCCAUGAAGGCCCAUGUGAAAGGCAGCCCUCUGUACACGGACCUGAGGCUCACCAGUCUGUCAGAUGGCAAACGUGGCCAGCCAUCCUGGACCAUUGAGGAGUACAAACGCAACUCAGGAGAGAAGGGAAAGCAGCUCACAGCUCUGGACCUGCAGACCCAAGAGUCCCUAAACCCCAACAACCUGGAGUACUGGAUGGAGGACAUCUACACGCCGGGCUAUGACUCGCUGCUCAAGAGGAAAGAGGCAGAGUUCCGGAGGGCCAAGGCAUGUAAGAUCGGAGCUCUGAUCGCAGCCGCUACCUGCACUGUGAUCCUGGUCAUCGUUGUUCCAAUUUGCACCAUGAAAACAUGAGAGUACCAGGUGGAGUUUUUUUCUUUUUUCUUUUUAAUGCAGUAUUUACUUCUGGUGGUCCUUCUUGCCAGUAUAAAAAUGAUUAGGACAGAUCCUGUACAAUAGAAAUGAAUUCAGCAAGUGCAUAAUAUCCUGUAUACUGUAUAUCUAUUGGUUUAACAGUUGUAGUUUAUUGUAUUGUUAUAAACUGUGCGGGACAAGCUCAUUGGUUUAACUGUUUUGAACAGCUGUAGCAGAUGAUAACUGAACUAAACUAUUGGAUUUGUUAUUGUAGCCAGCGAAUGAUAUUUUUAUUUUUCGUAUAAUUACUGUACAGUGUAUUUUGAUCAAAGUUAUUUUUGAUGAAUUAUCUGGUUGAUUGUAAGAAUUUCUCAUUAUUUUGUUAUCUUUCUUCAAUAACGGCAAGCAUUUUAAGUAAGGAAAUUUGUGCACAUUCAUUUUUUCUAAUUAGAAAUAUAUUUGAAAGUUGAGGUAUACAUAGAAUGCUGACACAGUAUGACUACACAGCCAAACUGAAUGUAUUGAUAAUGCCUACUCACUUGGAAAGGAAUAACUUGCGAUUUACUUGAAUGUCGCUGCCCUCUCGUCCUUUUUCUGAAUUAUAACCAGCCAACAGCAUAUACCUGCUGCUCUUCCUGAAAACAGUGGAUUCAUUCUUUUCUUUGCAAGUGUUUGCUCAGUGAAUACUUGCAGUUCUGCAUCACUGUAGACUAUUGAGGCUCAACUGGGAGGAUUGUAUGGACUCAGCACUAUUGAUUGGGCCAGCCCCCCACACUAGCACAAAUUAAACAGAACUACAACCACCCUCAGAGUGGGUUUGUUCAUCCAUUCACUGCUGCAGUCUCCUUAAAUGCCUUAAAUUACUUAACACUUCUGUAGCCCAAUGACGUCCAUUUCAUAGCCUGGCAGCCCUUAGUUUAGCCUUAAUACAGAAUAGUAGCCUUAAUUUUAGUUUUCCUAAGGCUGGUGUAAUUGACCGUUCCUAAGUCCCACCCCUUUUUGGUCCUUCCUCCAAUAACGCAAGCCUCAGUCAACUUUCCUUACAUAUUCUAUGUGCAA